UGCAAAAGAACCAGAAGCCAGCUGACAGCAGAGCAGGAAGAGUAGCACUGCCAGUGCUGCCACCUCUCCAUUUCUGUGCUGAUCCCUUGCUUGGUAAGAUGUUUUUGAUGCUUUUUGACAGAGUGUGGGUUGGCAGCUCAGCACCUCUGCCCCAGGCAGCAAGGGACAGAAGGAGCUUUAUUAAGCUUACUGCAAACAUACUAUGGGUUUUAGAAGGUUAAAACAAUUUCAGCUGCAGAGCUUAGCCCCUCUGCCUUUCUCAGCUCUAUGGCAAAGUUCUCUGCAUAGGGAAGAGCAAAUUCCCCCUGCAAGCCUCAGGGGCUGUCUGGCUGCGAGUGUGCCAGGAGCCAGCAAUGAGUUUGGAUCCACCUGCUCUGUCCCUCCUGCUGCGAGGGAUAACCUUUUCCUUACUGAUGCCACCACCUUCACAACCAGGGACAUCCCACCUCACGCCGAGGUUCCACCGGCCCCAAGGAUUUUGUUUGUUUAGGAGUGAGUGUAUGGGGAUGCUAUGCCGACAUGCCCAGUCCAGGGGAUGUGGAUGACACAGAUCCGUGUGUCACCCCAGCUACCAGAAUUACCGGGCGUGGGUUGAUCCUGAUAAUCCUACGGUAAAAGUUCAGGGCAGCGUUUGUUUACCAAGCACGCAACCACGAGGAGCAGCUGCGUGUCCAUGUCCGUGUCCGUGUCCCCGCGCAGCGCCGCCGAUGGCUCCGAGGCUACCGGAGCACCCAUGCCAGGACCCAACCAGUUCCGGGCUCCCUUUCCCCUCCGGCCGGGAGCCGACCGGCUCUCGGCUUCCUCUCCUCGCCCGUGGGAGGAGUGUCGGAGGGGCCGCCCCGCUCCCGGACGCUGCGCACCAUAAAGGCAGGCCGCGCUCCGGCCCCACGGCUCGGGGCAGCUCGGUGGGGUCCCUCUCCCGGCUCGGUGCCUGCCGCCAGCCUUCCCUGGGCUGCUCAUCGCACGGCCGCAGAGAGGCAGCGGUGGAGCGCAGCAUGGCAAAGAAGGUGGCCAUCAUCGGCGGGGGCAGCAGCGGGCUGUGCGCCAUCAAAGCCUGCCUGCAGGAGGGGCUGGAGCCCGUCUGCUUCGAGAGGACCGCCGACAUCGGAGGCCUCUGGAGGUUUGAGGAGCGCCCUGAGGAUGGCCGUGCCAGCAUCUACCGCUCCGUCAUCAUCAACACCUCCAAGGAGAUGAUGUGCUUCAGCGACUUCCCCAUCCCCGACGACUUCCCCAACUACAUGCACAACUCCAAGAUCAUGGAGUACUUCCGCAUGUACGCUCAGCACUUCGACCUGCUGCGCCACAUCCGCUUCAGGACCAGCGUGUGCCGCGUGUCCAAGCGCCCCGACUUCGCCAGCAGCGGGCAGUGGGAGGUGGUGACGGAGAGCGAGGGCAAGCAGGAGGCGGCCGUCUUCGACGCCGUGCUGGUGUGCAGUGGGCAUCACACGGACGCACAUCUCCCGCUCAGCUCCUUCCCAGGAAUUGAGAAGUUCAAGGGCCGCUACCUCCACAGCCGAGACUACAAGGAUGCUCAGGCUUUCACAGACAAAAGGGUUGUUGUCAUCGGCAUUGGGAACUCAGGGUCAGACCUGGCUGUGGAGAUCAGCCAAACAGCCCAGCAGGUCUUCCUCAGCACCCGCCGGGGUGCCUGGAUCCUCAACCGCGUUGGAGAUCAGGGCUACCCCAUCGACACCAUCUUAACCACCCGCAUGAAGACAUUCCUGCAGAAGCUGGUCAGCUCAUCCAUGGCAUGUGACUACAUGGAGAAAAAGCUGAAUGCCAGGUUUGACCACUCACGUUACGGCCUGAAGCCAAAGCACAGGGUUUUUAACCAGCACCCCACCAUCAACGAUGACCUGCCCAACCGCAUCAUUUCGGGCAGGGUGCGGGUGAAGCCGAACAUCCGGGAGUUCACGGAGACAUCUGCCAUCUUUGAGGAUGGCACCAGGGAAGACAUCGAUGCCGUGGUUUUUGCCACAGGAUACAGCUUCUCCUUCCCAUUCCUUGAGGGCUGUGUGAAGGUGGUGGAGAACCAGAUUUCCCUCUACAAAUUCGUGUUCCCCCCUGACCUGGAGAAGCCAACACUGGCUUUCAUUGGCCUCAUCCAGCCCCUGGGUGCCAUCAUGCCCAUCUCAGAGCUCCAGAGUCGCUGGGCCACCCGUGUCUUCAAAGGGCUGAACGAGCUGCCCCCGCGGCAUGACAUGGAGGCUGACAUUGAGCAGAAGAAAGAAGCGAUGGCAAAGCGGUACGUGAAGAGCCAGCGGCACACCAUCCAGGUGGAUUACAUCCCUUACAUGGAUGAGCUCGCCUGCCAGCUGGGGGUCAAGCCCAGCCUGCUCACACUGUUCCUCACAGACCCUAAGCUGGCACUGGAGGUGGCCUUCGGUCCCUGCACGCCGUACCAGUACCGGCUGCAGGGCCCGGGCGCGUGGGCCGGUGCCAGGGAUGCCAUCCUCACACAGCAGCAGCGCAUCCUCAAACCCCUGCAGACACGACACGUGGAAGAGAGCACUUCAGCAGCUGCCAUGCCGCUCAUCUUCAAGCUGGUUGGGGCCGUGGCCAUCCUGGCAGCUGUUUUUGCUUACUUGUAGGUGCCCUGCAAGCGCAGGAAGGGAGGCUUUGCUAUGUGCUGUGGGACUGGCUGGCCACCCCUGCCCCAGUGGUGGCAGAAACCUUCCUCCUGCCUGGCACGGCCCAGCUGUGACCACACCAUGAGCUAGGGAUGCACAGAACCUCCCCAGCUGCCAAAAUAAUGCUUGGGCUCCUGCUCUGCACCUCCCCUUGGGGAGUGCCGUCACGGACAGAGGAGAAAACCUGUUCACUGCAGGCUAAUUUCCAGUCCCUCUCAGCCAGCGCUCCGGGCUUUUCUGUCCCCUGUAACCCAGCUGUGCCAAUUUUGCCACAUGCUCACCAGAGCUAAGCAGCACAGGCACAGCACACUUUCUAAGUAGAUAAAUGCAUUAAACAGCCAA